GGGUGACCACUGGAGAUGAUUGAGCCUCGUACCCUGCAGUACAAGCUGCUGGAGCCUGUCCUCCUGAUAGGCAAGGAAUGUUUUGCUGGAGUAGAUAUCCGGGUCCAUGUGAAAGGAGGAGGCCAUGCUGCUGAGAUUUAUACUAUCUGGCAGUCCAUCUCCAAAGCCCUGGUGGCUUAUUACCAGAAAUAUAAAGAUGAGGCCUCCAAGAAGGAAACAAAAGACAUCCUUAUCCAAUAUGACCGAACUCUGCUGGUGGCUGAUCCUCGGCGCUGCAAGUCCAAGAAGUUUGGCGGCCCUGGGGCCUGA